AUGAGCAAUGCAAAGGAGUCAGAUUUCUAUCAUGAAGAAGAUUUUGAGAUUGAUAUUAAAAAGUUGAAAUUCCUGGAAGUGAUUGAAAAAGGAUUGUUCACUAGUGUUCGAAAAGCAGAGCUCACUAAAGGGUGCAGUAGGUUGCCGGUAGUUUUGAAAAGUGCUUCAAAACAAGAAGAUGCCAAACAACAGAGAAUGAUUCUCGAUGAGCUCCAAGUUCUCACUAACAUCAAGAAACAUCCAAGUAUCUUGACAUUUGUUGGAGUGAUAUUGAGUACUGAAAACCACGUGUCAAUUGUCUCCGAAUUCGCUGAAAAUGGAUGCCUGUUGGAAUUUCUCAGAAGUCAUCAAGACAGUUUUAAAGACCAGCUGGAGAACGAGGAAGACAGUGGGUUUGUGAUACUCAGCCCUAGAAUGUCAAACAAUGAGGAGUCGCUGAAAAAUUACUCAAUUUGUACGUCGGAUCUUCUGUCAUUCGCUUAUCAGAUAGCAAAUGGGAUGAGCUAUUUGUCAGGGUUGAAUUAUGUCCACCGCCAACUUGCUCUCCGCUCCAUCUACCUUACAACUGACAAAACGAUUCGAAUUGGUGAUCUGGGAUUGGCUAGAAGGAAUGAUGAGAAACAUUAUUACAGAAUUGUCCACAAAGACUUACCUCUCCCCUUCCAUUGGUUGGCUCCUGAAACUCUGGGAAGCCAUAAAUUCACUGAAAAAUCUGAUGUCUGGAGUUUUGCAGUCUGUCUCUAUGAACUUUUCACUCUUGGGAAAAUGCCCUAUGAUGGAGUGGAAGAUGUGCUGAAAUACCUGGAAAGAGGGAGAAGACUCCCUAAACCAGAGUAUUGUCAUCAGGAGAUAUACAACUUCAUGUUGACCUGCUGGAAUAUGGACCCAGAAAAAAGACCGACAUUUUCUGAUUGUGUGAAUUUUUUUGAAAAUCAUCUGCAAAAGUUUGCAACGGGAGUGUUGGAAAUUGUCAAGGAAAAGAUGAAAUCAGCAAAGGAACAUCAAAAACAACUUGAAGCGCUUGCCAAAUAA